ACAGAGAGCUGUUCACUCUUGGGGUCCUUGGAGUGGGGUUCAGAGCAGGCAGCAUCCAGUCUGGCAAGAAGCGUUGUGUGUUCUCUGAGACGUGCCUGGAGUGGCCAAACCAUGCUGAGUGUGGAGGAGAGAAACCCAACGCUACUCCCAAGAUGAAGGCGGAGAGGCAGGUUUCCUCCAAAGAGUCUGGGUUUUUUUUACUUUUCCAAAAACUGUGCAUCCUCACCUUUUUCCUGGCAGUUGUCAGUGGAGUGAAUAUCACCUGCCCAUCCUCUAUCAUAAGAGGCACCCUAGGCAGCUCGGCCCUGCUUUCUGUCAGCUAUACCAGCUCCAGCUCAGACAGGCCCGUCAUCAAGUGGCAGCUGAAGAGGGACAAACCCGUUACUGUGGUGCAGUCUAUUGGCACUGACAUUAUUGGGAACUUGCGGAGUGAGUACCGAGGCCGCAUCAUGCUUUUCGAAAACGGCUCACUGCUGCUCAACUACCUGCAGCUGUCAGAUGAGGGCACCUACGAAGUGGAGAUCUCAAUCACUGAUGACACCUUUACCGGGGAGAAACACAUGAACCUCACUGUAGAUGUUCCUGUGUCCAGGCCAUUGGUGCACUUGGUGGCUUCCUCUGUGCUGGAGCUUACUGAUCACUUCACACUGAACUGCACUCAUGAAAGGGGCACAAAGCCUAUUUAUGGCUGGCUGAAGGGUGGGAAGCCUCUGAUCAAUGACUCACGUCUGCUUCUGUCACAAGACCAGAAAAUUCUGACUAUCUCCAGGGUGCUGAUGUCAGACGAUGAUGUCUACAUCUGCACUGUGGAGAACCCCAUCAGCAGCAUGAAGAGCAUGCCUGUCAGACUCACAGUCUACCGACGAAGUUCUCUCUAUAUCAUCCUUUCCACUGGUGGCAUUUUUUUGCUCAUAACCCUGGUGACGGUGUGUGCCUGCUGGAAGCCAUCCAAAAAAAAAAGGCAACAGCCUCUCAUGCAGAACAGGCUAAUUGCAGAGCAGAGCAAUGGCAAUCAUGAAGUUGCAGUUGAUAUUGUUCCAGGAAGAGGCUACCAUAAUCGUAAAGGCCCAGGUGGUUUAUAUGUCUUGAAGGAAACAGAUUUUGCUGAAGAACAAGAUGAAGAGCCGUGUAGCUAUAUCCAUCCUUUGGAUCCACACAGUCCACCUUGCUAUCCCAGCACUUUCUCCUCUCCAGAUGCAUAUAUAUACUCAGGAAGAAGAUACCCUCGCACCCCUGUUCCCUCUCCUCCUGCAACCCCGACCACCACCAUGGCCCCGGUGUCAUCACCACAUAUGCGAAGUUUAACACGAAAGCCUCACCCUUCGGCUGCCAGCCCCACCCCGUCACACACGGAGGAACAGUCAACUGUACAUGAAACUAGCCUUCACAGCCGCAUUUAACUGAGUCAAAGCACACAAUUAGAGACAGAAAGAAAGGGUUUUGGGAUGUUAAUGUGUAGAACGUGCAUGUUAGUGGUCUGGGAAAACCGUUCACACUUUGAAAUUUAAUAUAUUUAAUAUCUGAAAACUAUAGACGUUUCUGAACUGAAAUGCAGUUCUUUUUUUUUUCAUGUAUGACCACCAAAAGAUUUAACAUUGUAAAUCUGGCUAGCCUUAAAAGAGAAAACUGAGAAAAUCAUAUUUUAAUUAUUCCAUUCAGACUCAAAUGCAGACAUUCUGACAGUCAGUAUAAAUAUAAUGUCAUCCCUUUAAAAUCUUCAAAACAGCUGCUUUUGCAUAGAGGGGAAUGGAAAGUAUAGCAUCUUUAAUAAAAGAGAAAAAAAAAAGAAAGAAAGCUACUGUUCAAAAAUCUCUUGGACACUUCUAAUCUGGAUGAAUACAAUUUGGCCAGCUAUCUUACUCAAAUUGUGCUGUUUGAGCGUUCUGGUUCAGAUUUAGUUUUAAAUUUGCUGCUCCGUUCGUCUCCACUCUGAUAUUCAGGAUUUGUGAUCAUUCAUCCACAAGAGUAUUAGUAAGAUCAGGUACACGUCAUAUGAACAGGCCUGGGGUGUUUAGUCGGGUUGUAUUCAUUUUGUUUUAUUGACUCCACAUACCAUGAAUGCAUAGAGUUCGAUUUGUGCACAAGGUCAUUGUCAUGCUGGAACAGGUUUUGAUUUCCUAUGUAAAGUGAAGGAAAAUUUGAAUGCUACAACAUACAGUCGUUUUGUGCAACUGUGUGCUUUUAACUUUGUGGCAACCCCACGCAAGGAUAGAAUGGUCAGGUGCCCACAUACUGUUGGCAAUAAGUGUAUGAGCAGAUGAUUUUUAUAAAGUGAAUACCACACCAAGUAAAGGUAGCUGUGCACAAAGUCUAAAAAGGUGUUUGAAAUGUAUUUUACCUUAAUAAGGAUAUCAUACUUAAAUAGUAUGACUAGGCAGAAUAACUGUUUAUUACAGCUGUGUUUGUAAAAAUUAGCUAUUUACCCAAUGUGAUGAAAGAAGCUAACGCCACAAACUCAGUCACAUGUUUCUUCAGGCUGCCACACAUACUGUUUAUUGUUGGUUUAAAAAUGUAAUUAAGUUAAAUGUCUCACUGAAGUUAAACAUAUCACAUUACAUUUGGUGAGUAAAAUAAAAAAUAAUGGAAGUACCACAUAAAACUGGGAAAGUUACGAAGUGGCUUUAUGUCACUUUAAAAUCUACAUACCUGAGCUUCUUGUUCAUUUAUUGCUAUGAAGCACAUUCACUUUUCAUUUCUUAAAGCAAUAUCAGGCACCUAACAUAGCAAUAAACAGUGAAUAGUAAAAUGGACAGUCUUUAAAUAAAACAUGAAAUGUUUAUGA